AUGCUAAGCUACGUAAUCGUUGAGACAACGAUAGCUACGAUAUAUUUUGAUACUGUGUCGCAGUGUGAAGUUAUUAUAGAGCAUGGGAUUCAAGCCCCAUACCCCAGAUUGUACUGUGGCGCGGUUGAGUCGUGGCUGUCCACAGCGAUGGACGGCUACUUGAACAUCAUUUUCACCUGGCUCUCGUCGCUUCUCAAUAAGUUUUAUUUGACGAAGGCCCGUCGCAAAGAGCGCGAAGGCGAAGGCGGAGGCGAUCCGAAGCUGUACCUGCAAGAAGCGCUGCUCGAACGGAAACUGCCCGAGCUCGAUAUGCGCCAACUCGUCGACCUUCCUCACGGUCUUGACUACAACGAGUGGCUGGCAUCGCACACACUGGCGCUAUUCGAGCACGUCAACCUCCUGUACGGUACGGUGUCCGAGUUCUGUACGGCUGCGCGCUGCGGCGACAUGACAGGACCCGGGGGGCGCACCUACGCCUGGUACGACGAGCGCGGGAAGAAGUCGCGGGUCGCCGCCCCGCAGUACGUGGACUACGUCAUGACGUUUACGCAGAAGACGAUUAACGACGAGACCGUGUUUCCUACCAAAUAUGCGAAUGAGUUUCCCGCGUCGUUCGAGGCGGUGGUGCGGCGCGUGAUACGGCUGCUGUUCCGCGUUGUGGCGCACCUCUAUGCGGCGCACUUCCGCGAGCUGGCCCUGCUGCGUCUGCACGCGCAUCUCCACCUUACCUUUGCGCACCUCACGGCGCUCGACCGCCGCUUCGCGCUGCUCGACCAAAAAGAGACUGAGGUCCUCCGUGACUUGGAGGUGGCUCUGCGGCUGACGGAGCCCGCGGGCACCGCGCGGGGUAGCGCAGCACCAGGCGCCGGGGGCGAGAGCGGCGAGGACAGCUCGCCGCGCCGCCGCUCCCCCGUCGUGACGCAGCCGCUCGCCUCCGCGUGA